AUGCAGCUUGGGCUUGCCAGCAUCCUCCUGGGUCUUUGGCUAACGGCUGAGUCCCUCUCCUCGCCUGCAAGGAGAAACCACCUAGAAGAAAGCCCUCAGAGACCAUUGGAAGGUCCCACUUUAGGAGAACUGAAAUCCCCAGAAGAGGAAGACCAAGUCAAGGUUGCAUUGGACUUCGAGGAACCCCCUUCGAAGGUCGUGGUUGUUUCACGGGAGUCAGAAGACAGCCCUGGACAUUUCCCACCUCAUCAGCCCUUGGCUGAGGAGGUGAGACCCUUGAGUUUAUGGCCCCAAUCUGGUUCUCAGCCAUGGCUUCACGGAAGCUCAGAGGAAUCAGUGUGUCAUGUGAGGCUGGAUGGGGGCAGCUUUUGGGGUCCUAACCAUCUGGAGGUGGGUGGCCUCCUCAGCCGUUAUGACAGUGGGUUCUUGAAGGCACUGAGGAGAUCUGUCUGGAGCAGAGAGGACCUGGAGACCUUUGGGAUAUGUCCCUCAAGCCCACCCCACAGCCUUCUUGGAUCACUCCAGCAUGUGGCUGAUUCUCUGGGCAGGCCUGGAGGACACCGUUUCUUCAUGUUGCAUCUGGAAGAAGUGAAAUGGGAAGCCGAGACAAAACUCAGGUUUAAGCUGACUUUCCAGAAGGACGUGGAAGAGCCUCUCAGCUCCUUGCAGCUUGUCCUCCUUGUCUUUUAUCAAGGAGAAAAGGAAUUGGUGCAUCACGGUGUCCCAAAGAAAUUUCUAAUGGGAGGGGAAGGUUUACAUCAAAAGCAGGUGGUUUGCCUUUCUAGAGGAACCCGCUAUCUUGUCCUCCAGGGCUCAGUGCUGUCAGGGAGACAUUCUCCUGGUGAAUUAAGCUAUGAGCUGUCCUUGGAAAUCCGGCACCAAAACAAUACAGAUGCUGCUGUCUCGUCUGAUGAAGCUCAGGACCUUCUGUUUGGCUUCGAUGCCAAAUGCUUCACCCGCAGGACCCCAGCAGUCUUGCUCUUGGUGAAACAAAGCUUCGGAGUCGGCCCCCAUCCGCCCACUUCUUUCCUCUCUGCAGAUGGCAAGUUAGAUGCGUUGCCGUACCUGAAACCCAGCAGCUUGCUGAGUUCCGGUGUGGCCCACACACCAUCUGAGGCCGCCACCAUCGCUAACCAAACCAAUACCACUGUGUCAGGGCUCACGAGCCCUGGAUACUUUCUGGGGACCCUCUCCCAAUUUGUCAACAAAGUCCUGAACCCCUCUGGCGAGCCUCCUGCUUCCCAGGGGCACCUCCGGCUGGAUUUUGACACAAUGGAGGGCCUUCCGCACGAGUUGCUCAACUUGUCAGAGAAAGUAGCUUUUGAGUGGCUGGUGCAGUCUGAAAAUCACUUAGUCGUCCUUUUCCCCGAGAACAGCCAAGCCUUCAUGGAGCACCACCUGGGCCAGUGGCACCUGGAGGGAAAGUUGCUUCGGCAACUGCUGCAGAAGCUGCAGUCUGUGAUCCGAGAACUGAGAGCGAUGCCUUCUUUCCAAGCCAACGCAGACCUCUUCCGAACCCUGCUGACUCUCUGCUACUACCCUUCGAGGGGCUUGGAAGAGGUUCCCACUAGUGAUCCUGGAGAAGCAGAGGAAACACAGGCCCGCAGAAAAAUCCACAGCCUUCUGCUGCUCAAGGCUCUCCAGGUGGUGCGCGCUCGCUGGCGGGAAGCCAGGAAGGUGUCCUUACGUGCCAACCGCAGCACUCAGGUCCAGGACGACUACUGCCGACUGCGAGAGCUCAGGAUAAGCCUAGUCUCCACGAGGUACAUCAUUUUACCGGAGUCGUACAAUGCCAACAAUUGCGUGGGCCCCUGCCAGAGCCCGCUCUCCACCCGCAUCCCGGACUAUUACUCCCACACCAUUUUCCUGCUGCGUAUGUAUGAACAGGGCAUGCCGCUCCAGCGGGCCCCUUGCUGUGUCCCGGUGAAAUAUUCCCAAAGUCUCAUGGUUACCUUUACGAGUGAUCAAGGGAUGAUCGUUAAGGUCUACCCAGACAUGGUGGCUGAGUCCUGCGGGUGCAGGUAG